GAGCGCGGCCCCGCAGGCCGGCCGGCCCGGGCCGGGGGCAGCUAGGACGGCCCCGGUCCAGGUGGAGGCCGCAGAGGGCCCAGGGCAAGCAGGGGCAGCAAUGGUGGGUCCUGACGGUGGCUGAGCCCCCAGCCCCUGGAAUAUGCAGCCCAGGGGAGCCCCAGGCAGCGGCGAGGACGCGGUGGCGGAGCGGGGCGGGAGGCAUGGUCUCCACCUACCGGGUGGCCGUGCUGGGGGCUCGAGGCGUGGGCAAAAGUGCCAUCGUGCGCCAGUUCCUGUACAACGAGUUCAGCGAGGCCUGCGUGCCCACCACCGCCCGACGCCUCUACCUGCCUGCUGUCGUCAUGAACGGCCACGUGCACGACCUCCAGAUCCUCGACUUCCCGCCCAUCAGCACCUUCCCUGUCAACACGCUGCAGGAGUGGGCAGACGCCUGUUGCAGGGGACUCCGGAGCGUCCACGCCUAUAUCCUGGUCUACGACAUCUGCUGCUUUGACAGCUUUGAGUACGUCAAGACCAUCCGCCAACAGAUCCUAGAGACGAGGGUGAUCGGCACCUCGGAGACGCCCAUCAUCAUCGUGGGCAACAAGCGGGACCUGCAGCGCGGCCGCGUGAUCCCGCGCUGGAACGUGUCGCACCUGGUGCGCAAGACCUGGAAGUGCGGCUACGUGGAGUGCUCGGCCAAGUACAACUGGCACAUCCUGCUGCUCUUCAGCGAGCUGCUCAAGAGCGUCGGCUGCGCCCGCUGCAAGCACGUGCACGCCGCCCUGCGCUUCCAGGGCGCGCUGCGCCGCAACCGCUGCGCCAUCAUGUGACGGCCGGGCAGGGGGGCUCCCCGGGACCGCGGGCUGGCGCGGCGGGGCGGGGCGGGGGGACGCGCCUGGACGGGGAGGGGCGGAGGAGCGGGAGCCUCGGACCACCCCACCCCUCCCCGCGGGGUCUUCCCGGCCGCCCUUCCCUUGGGCUGCAGCUAGCGCAGGGCCCCGAAGGGCGAAGGGCGCCGCGGCCUAUAGGGACGGUGGGGGGAGGGGGGAGCGCGGGGCGGGGAGGUGCUGCCUUGGUCGCCCCCCCCCCGCCCGUCUUCUCCAGAGAGUGUGUCUGUCGUUGCCCUGCGUCUGUCCCCGUGUCUGUCUGCCCGAGCGUCUGUUGGUCCUCAGCUGUCGGUCUCCUCCGCCCCCCGCCCCCAGCUCCGUCCACAGGGCUCUCAUUUCGUUCAUCCCCUCAUCGCAGAUCCUGGCAGCUUCUCUGUGAGGCCAGCCUUUGGACCGUCAACACCACCGGCACAGGGCAGAGAGAUGUGGGUGGCCCCAGGACCAUCAUCAGGGUCCUAGGGUUGAGGUCCCAGGUCAGUCAGGAGAAGGCUGAGCUCUCGCCCUUCCAGGGAGAUCUCCCCGCCCAGCAGCCCCCAGAGACACAACAACCUACCUUCCAGCCUUAACUCGAUGGUCCGUCCCUGCCGGGUGCCCCUCAUCCCCUUCCUCACCCCACAGCCAGAUCACCCCUGGGUUAAAACUUUUUUUUUCUUCUUGACACAAUGUGGAGAGGGAAUCCCCCAAAGGAUGAAUUUAUUUCCACGAUGUCAGGUUCCAGCCCUCUAUUCCCUCCUGCGUUGGGUGGUCUGCAAGAUUAGGGGAUGUUGGGUUUGGGGGGCUGGUGGUGGGCAAGAUGGUGCCCUGGGGUGGGAGGUGGUUAGGUUGUGCUACCGAACGCUCUUAUCUCCCCAUCCCACUCCAAUCUGACUUCCCCAGACCCUGCCUGCCUUGAAUCUCAGAUUUCUCUGAUAAAUCUGAGGAGGAACAGAGCCAGGUAAAGAAUUAUGGGGACCUUUGUGCUUGGGGGAGAUAUGCCCACAUCCCCACUCCUAGAUAGAGGCCCUCAGGAUCUGAUGCCCUCUUGUCCCAACACCAGUUGGCCCUAUCCCUGACUCACUCCACCCCAUUUUCUCUGGCUGUCUGGCCGGUUUCUACCUCUCGUCACCGGAGCUGAUCACUGUCAGUUUUGUACAGAUUUAGAAAUAACAAAAUCCAUGAAGAUACUAGGAGUGGCCUGAGGGAUUACUGGGGUACUUGGAGGGUGUGAGCAAUGGUGCGGUCCCGUGCCCCCACCCCCCACCCGGGCUGAGCUCUCCUUGAGGCUGAGUCCUGAGCCCUGGUGUGGUGGGAGGAUAGGAAGGUCCCUUGUUAGAAGAGGGGCAGACAACCAACCAACCCAGCCUUGAUGUAGCCAAGCUGCAGUGUGUAGACCAGAAAAUCAGGUAGCCCAGAGUGGUGAUGGAGCAGAGUCUGGGGAAGGGGGCCAUCGGUAGGGAAUUUAUCCAGAUCCAGUGUGAGAGGGAAUCUGAUUCUCCCUUCCACUUCCCCACCUGAUUCUCCCUCCACCCGUGGGGUGUAGCGCAGCCCUGCAGUGACUGCCCUGAGCUUGGGCAGUCCAGUAUUCCUGGGUUCUAGUCCCUGCUGUGCUGCAUGACUUUGGGCAAGUGACUCGCCCUCUCUGAGUCUCCCUCUGAAACAGAGGAGGUGGCUCCCCUUCCCCACACCUUGGAGUGGGUGGGAGGGUAAGGAAGAGGGCCUGCCUCCUUUUAUCCCCUGCAUCCCAGCCCCCCUGGUUCACCAGGGGGAUGGAUGGGGUGAGGGAUGGCAGCAUCUCACCUGCCCCCAUCACUGUCACCCCCAGCUGAGGCACCUGAGGUGGGCAUGGGGGACCCAGGCCUCCGGCUGCCCCUUGUGGGAGCCAUUGGAAUGUAUCGCCUGGCCGGCCCCCCUCGCCCCCUGCACUGCACUCCCAAGUAUUUGAGUUUGAUUCCUUCCACACCCAUUCUGAGUCUCUGUCCUCCCCACCGCCCCCACCCCCCACCCCACCCAGGGUUUCCCACCACAGGGGUCUGGAAGUGUGUAUGAUGCCCAUUGCGCUGUGAUCGGAAGUCAGAUUAAAAAUCAGGGAGUGUUUUCCCUUGUUUCUGUACAAGGCAUUGGUUGGCUCCUUUCCUGCCCGGGAAGGGAAAGGGCUCCCUACAGGGCCCGCCGGCCUGCUGAGCUCUGCUGCCGAUGGACCGGAGGACCGGCAGGGUGAUGAGGUUGCUCUGAGUCCCAGAGCCUGGGGCAGCCAGGAGGCUAAGAGGAGUUUGGGACUCACCUCUCCACCUGGCCCCUCCCCCUCCAGCCCUCCCACACUGAUCAAAACCAUCCUGAGGGGAAGUGAAAGGCCUCCCCUGCCACUCUGGGGAAAAACUUACGUAACUGGUCUCAAACCCCCCUCCCCCCGCUGCUGCGGAUGUGUCUUUGUUCCCACUUGUGGCUGAGCCUCUGCGGGCCCCUUCGUGGCUGUAGAUGUGAUAAGAACACUCUCCGCCAUCC